UCCGCGAAUCAGUCACCAGCAACCGAAGUUUAGAGCGAGAGAGAAAUUUCCCCGGAAGACCCAAGGGAGAGAGAGCAGAGAUGAGGUUGUUCGAUCCAUGGCCAGUGUUCUUCAAGAGAGAAUGGAAGCGAUGUUGGCCGUUUCUCACUGGAUUCGCCGUAACCGGCGUCCUCAUCACCAAGCUCACGGCUGGACUCACUGAGGAAGACGCAAAGAACUCGAAGUUUGUCCAACAACACAGGCGGUAA